AUACCGAACUUGCCUCAGGUGCAUUUCCACUUAGUGGCAUUGAGAUGCAUUAUCGCGUGUGCUGAAGCCUGUUUUGAGGGUUUUGCGAGGUUUGCGAGAGUAGGAGUUGAUUUUGAGAAAUGUAGAAAAUUCGCGCCUUUUUCAUGUAGAGCCAUGUAGAGUGCAUCCCGUACGUAAUCCACAGUUUGCCGCUACUGUCAGAAUAACAUGUGAACUACGUUACAAAGUAUUACUGACCGUGAAAGGUUUUAUGUGAUGGUAGUACUGAUAUGAAAAUCUGUGCGUGUUUGUGGGGGUCGCUAGUUGGAUUAUCGAAAUUGAAGUUUUGGGGAUUCUAGGUAAUUGCUAAAGUUGUGACUAAAGUAAUGUGUAAUGACUGCAGUUUUUUAAAUGUUGGGUUGUAAGAUUUCAAGUACGGUGAUAGAGCACUUUUUGCUACUUCCAAUCAUGUGUUUAUUAAGUUCAUGGUGAUAGUGUAAUUUCAACAUUCCCAUGAUGUCGGCCAUAUUACGUUCGCUACCAGAACUUUACACGUCGUACAAGGAUUGGGUGAGCCAGAACCCUCAAGUUGCGGGAGAUUUUGAAUCUACUGUCAAAUGGUUAUCAUAUUUCAUUGCAGGGAGAAUCAACACUUCUAAUGUCCUGUCGGAACUGGUGUACUCUCUCUCCAACCUUCUUGUCCUUUUCAAUGACUGCAUCAUUCGUAAUACAAGAAGACUGGAGACCGUGGGGUCAGGAGAGAAACUUAAGACUUGGCUCACUGUACUUGACUACUCAGAAGUGUUCAUUGAAGUGUCCAUGAGGAGGCUGUGGGGUGAGAAGGGAAAGUGGUUCAUUAUUGUUGUCCUGCAGAUCUUCAAGUGUGCAGGUAGAUUGUUACUCCUGUUUCAUCACAAGGAGAAUAUUAUUCAGAGCCCCCCUAUUGCACCUUUACAACGGAAGAAGAUGAGGAAUGAUAUACACAGAGAGGAGUCUCAGAUUCGACUUCACUCUGCAUCCUUCGCGCUGAAACGCUCUGGCAGAAUAAUCAGAAGUGUGAGUACAGCCCCUCCAGCAAGCUGUCGAAGUUGGCGACCUCUUCAACCUCCAAAUAAUAAUGCUGAAGAAGAUGACAUUCCUAAUGGAACCCUUUCUGGCAGGAUACUAGCAGCUGAGGUUCUCUAUAUUGUGAAACCUAUUGCACAUCUCUGCUCCAUGAUGCUUUUUGGGCAGAAGGAUUGGAAACCAUGGCUACUGGCUUUCUGUGUGGACCUCAGCAGCUUGCAGCUGUACAAGAUGCAACAUAAAGAACGAGCUCUGAGCCGUCAGCAGCGCUUGGAAUUGUCACGCCGCACUAUCACUCUGUUGCUGUACCUCUUACGAUCCCCGUUUUAUGAGCAGCAUAGUAGAAAACGCCUUGAGGCUAUACUUUGUGGUCUGUCAGCCACUGUACCUUUGACCCGCAUUUUGUGCAACCCCAUAGCACAGUACAUCCCUCAGUGGCAAGACACGUACUUCUAUAUGUGGUCAACUUGAUUGCUGAAGAGCAGAGGUAUUUCUUUUUAACACUUGAGGGGUGGCUGCAUUUUUUUUUUUAAUUAACCAUUUCAGUUUUGUAUUUUGACACCAAUUGGCUACACUGUAUCAAAGGAGAAAAAAUUGACUACUUACUCUUGUUAUUCACCAUGGCUAUCUAAUAUAAUGAAAGACAAUGAUGCAAAGAGAAGCUCUUCCUGAUUAUGACAGUCCAUUAACUCCUUGUUUUACAAACAUCCAAGCAAAAAAUAUUUGUGUGUGUACCUUACUGUGUCAUUAAAGUAAGUUGAGGCAAAGCUA